AUAAAUGUGAACAAAUGCAAAAAAGUGUUAUUCAAGACCUAAGAUUUCUCUAUUUUCUAUUUUUUUCUUAACGGGAAAAAUGUGGAGGUGCAGUAGACAUUUCAGCAGUGAUGAUGACGAUGAUGAAAGUGAAGGAGACUACAUAAGACAUCCCGUCAUAUACGAUUUAUCCCACAAGUAUGGCUUGCCGACGGACAGUUUCAACGAGUCUCAGCUGCCGAAUAAACUUGAGGAGCUCAAGGAGAUUAUCAGGCGCGAGAUUCGGAAGGAAUUGAAGAUUAAGGAAGGUGCCGAGAAGUUGAGAGGAGUGUCAACCGAUCGGAAGUCGCUCAGUCAUGUUGCGACCAUAGUCAAAAACUCCAAUUUCAAAUUAACCGAGUUGAAAAAUGAGCUCAGUGAGCUGGAAUCGCAGAUUAUUCUGUCUCAGGGUCAGAGUACGCCAUCGUUAAUACCUUCCAAUGGAGAUUCCGUAAGUUUUUCUACAUUGGCGAAUCACAAUAUGGAUAAGUGUAAUGCUAACCUGUAUAGUCGAAUAGAAAAUUUGGAAAAGCAGUUAAACAUAGAAUUAAAGGUGAAGCAAGGAGCCGAAAAUAUGAUACAAAGCAUCACAGGACGAGAUAAAAAACUAUUAUUAGAAGCUCAACAAAUGCUAAGAGACUCAAAAACGAAAAUAGAAUAUUUAAAAAUGAAAAUAACAAAGUUAAAACAUGACAUCGAUUCGAAAUCGCGGGGUUCCAUUCAGGAUUUGACGGACAAUGGAGACCUGUCGCACGGAGAAUUGGAUCCACUUUUAGAUGAUAGAAUAGAAGAUUUAAAACACAGACUUAGAGUCGAAGCAGCUGUGGUUGAAGGUGCCAAAAAUGUUAUUAAACUUUUACAAAAUAAUAAUAAGGACAAGAGUGAUAAAAAAGCCCUCAUAGAGGCACAGGAAAGUUUGAGAGCCAGUAGUAUGAAACUCGAUCUUUUAAAGAAAUCUUUGGAAAUAAGGAAAUCGGAAUUGCCUGAGGAUUCUCCGGUGGCAAUACAUUUAAAAGAAGAACUAGCAAAUGCUCAAGCAUUUAGUCCAACGACGAUGCAUUAUACCAGUUUACAGCCAUUCAGGGAAGGAUCAGAGAACAGCAGGCAUCUGACUUCUUGGUCUAUGCUCAACAGGUGUGCAGCUGUUACCGGUACUUUAGAAGUACGUUUAAUGGGAUGUCAAGACCUUCUGGAGGAAGUACCUGGACGGCCUAAGAAAGAAACUGACGUUACUUCGAGCCCUAUGGAAUUUAGUUUUUUCAAAAAAACAAAAAGUUAUAGCAUCAAAGAAGAAGUUAGCGACGAUAUCAUGGCGGUGUUAAAACUUGACAAUACCACUGUAGGUCAGACGAGCUGGAGACCAUGUUCGCAGCAGGCGUGGGAUCAGAGGUUUUCGAUCGAACUAGACAAAUCCAGGGAAUUGGAAAUCAGUAUUUAUUGGAGGGAUUACAGGUCGCUUUGUGCAGUGAAGUUUUUAAAGCUCGAGGAUUUCAUAGAUGAUGAAAGGCAUGGAAUGGCAUUGCAUUUGGAACCACAAGGAUUACUUUUUGCAGAGAUUAAAUUUUUGAACCCUAUGAUUUCGAAGAGGCCGAAAUUACAGAGGCAAAAGAGGAUUUUCAAACAAGUGAUGCCUAGAGCCAAACAAAUGAACAUCAAUAUUGUGACAUGGGGUAGAUGGAUGAAACAAUCUUCUAGAAUGCCUAGUCGACAGAAUAUUGUAUUAAGUUCAACUGAAAAUGUUACUGAUGAUCUCGUUCUUGAGGAUAAACCAGAAACACCGGGAGAAAUUCCAGAUCCACAAGUUGCUGGUUUAGGUGGGCAAAGGCCUCUCGGUUUACACAUUGAAUUGCCGCCACCGCCAGAACCAGUAAUAUUAUCUCCUCCUUCGCCUUCUGUACCUCCUCCGGUGGCCAAGAAAAGAAUGGCAGUCACACCGCCUCCAGUACCUCCUAGGCUUGAUCCAGAGAGUGUAGCAGCACUAAAAGAAUUCGACUUCUUGGAGGAACAGGAGAUUUCUCGGCCUGGGCCUCUUAUUAUCCCUUCGAUACCAACUACGCCUGUUAUUUCUCCGGAACAGUUCGUACCACCUAGUCCUCAACCUGUUAUAGAGUUUCCAGAUGAUGAGCCUGCGUAUGACGUGGCCAAUAUUAUUCGCCGACCUGCAGCACGAGAGCUGAGCUACCGAGACAGCGCAUAUGAAUCAAAGAGACAUUCUCAAUCUGGAGGCUUGAACAUUGAAAACUUCAGACUAAUUAGCGUCUUAGGUCGAGGUCACUUCGGUAAAGUAAUUCUGUCGCAAUACAAAAACACUGGGGAAUAUUUCGCAAUCAAAGCUUUAAAGAAAGGCGACAUCAUAUCCAGGGAUGAAGUUGAAUCUUUACUGUCAGAAAAAAGGAUAUUUGAGGUGGCAAAUUGUAUCAGACAUCCUUUCUUGGUUAAUUUGUUCGCUUGUUUUCAAACUGAUGCUCACGUUUGCUUCGUAAUGGAGUACGCUGCUGGAGGAGAUUUGAUGAUGCACAUACAUGCUGAUGUUUUCAGUGAACCGAGAGCUGUUUUUUAUGCGGCGUGUGUUGUAUUGGGAUUGCAGUAUCUUCAUGAGAACAAAAUCAUCUACAGGGACUUGAAAUUAGACAAUUUAUUGUUGGAUACGGAAGGUUACGUAAAAAUAGCAGAUUUUGGAUUGUGCAAGGAAGGAAUGGGCUUCGGCGAUAGGACGGGCACAUUCUGUGGAACGCCCGAAUUUUUAGCGCCAGAAGUUUUGACAGAAACGUCGUAUACUAGAGCCGUCGAUUGGUGGGGUUUAGGAGUACUCAUAUUCGAGAUGUUGGUUGGUGAAUCGCCUUUCCCUGGAGAUGAUGAAGAGGAAGUUUUUGAUUCGAUAGUGAACGACGAAGUGCGGUAUCCAAGGUUUCUGUCUUUAGAAGCCAUUGCAAUUAUGAGAAGGUUACUCCGAAAAAGUCCCGAUAGAAGGUUAGGAUCGAGUGAGAGAGAUGCAGAGGACGUAAAGAAACAGGCGUUCUUUAGACUUAUUCAGUGGGAAGAAUUGUUACAUCGCAGAAUCCCGCCACCUUUUGUACCUACAGUGGAGUCAAUGGAAGACGUAAGCAAUUUUGACGAAGAAUUUACAUCAGAAAGGCCGCAGCUGACGCCACCAAAAGAACCCAGACAAUUAUCCGUACAAGAUCAACAUUUGUUCAGAGAGUUUACAUAUAUGGCAGACUGGUGCUGACAAUAGUAUUAAGUGUAUUAAAAUUAACUUACGAAAAAAUCAAAUUGUUUUUGUAUUAAAUUGAGGAUUUCGAUUUAUUAUUAUUCUAUAUUAACAAGUUAUUAUAUAUAUACUAUAUUUUUAACAAAAAGACUCCGAAUCGUUAAUAUUAAUCGUUUUUUUUUGUAAUGUAUAGUUUUUAUGGUCCAGGAGCUUAUCCUAUAUUCGUACUACCCUAAUAAUACAAUGAAAACUACUAGUAUUUUGAACUUGUCAAUUUUGCUCAUCACUUGAAAUUUAUACAAUUUCAAAAUUUCCAUUAAUUGGAAGAGAACUAUUGGACAAUAAAUAAUUUUGAACGAGUAUAAGCAGUUCAUGAGAAAUUCAUAAAAAUAAAACAAUGUAUUUAACAAUCAUAAAUAAUUAGGAAUGUGAAAACACACUGAAAUAACCUAAAAUAUGUAAAUAUAAUAUGUACAGUUUUUUUUCCUAAUUUCAGGUAAAUUAUCUGUUUUAUGUUCAUAUACGUGACCUCUCUUUGCUCACUAUAACUCUUUCGAAGAUGGUCUAUAUUUCGAUGCUCUGCUGCUGAUUUAUCCCGAGCCUCUCCAUUUUUCCUUCUUUUUGGUUGUGUUUAUGUAUCUGAUACUUUCGCUUCCUCUGUUGGUGAGAGUCUUGCCAGCUACAAAGUAUCUUGUCUGUCCUUUUUUUGGAAUUUGAUGAGCCUUUUAAAAAUAUAAUACCAUUAGUAAAAUAAAUAAUUAAAUCGUACUAGAUUUUCCCAAUUAUGUGUAUAUAUAGUUUAAGCAAAAUUGGAAAAUAAAAGAAGGGAUGACUUUAUUGACCUUAUCGUUGUUAAUUUACUUCUAAUCUAUUUAUUUCUAGAUACAGAUUCUGUAUCCAAUAACCGAGAUAUACAAAUUGUGUGACCUGCUUUAUUGGUUUGUACUCAAUUUCAAUUCACAUCACAUGUUGUUCCUAUAUAAUGGUUUAUUAUUUUAAAAACAAUUUUUUUUUUACAACUCAGUACAUUGCUCAAUAUAUCACACUUGUUUGAUCAUUUUAAUAUAAUUGAGAUCAGUACACAGUAUUACAGCACUUGUAUCCUCCUCAGUCCUAAUCCCUUUUGGGAUGUGUUGACACCAUCAGGCCUUUACAGUUUUUCCACAAUUCUCCUCCAUCCUUCUCUGUCCUGGGCUAGUUGUUCGGCUUCAUGUAACCCUUGGUUAAUCAAUAUUUUUGUUUGAUUUACCCAACGACUUGGAGAUCUUCCCCUAGGUCUCUUUCCUUCAACUCUACCCUCGACUAUCAGUUUUUCCAUCGUACCUGUUCUUAUAGCAAUAUGUCCAAAAUACUUCAAAUAUGUUAGUGCGAUGAUCAAUCCAGGAAAUUCUCAACAUGCGGCGGCAUACCCACAUUUCAAAGACGUCCAUUAUAUUUUUAUCCACUUUCUUUAAGGUCUACGUUUCGUAUGCAUAUGUGUGGCUAUGGGAAAAAUGAGCGCCCUUACCAGCCUUAUUUUUGUGUGUUCGUUUGACUAUUUCUGUAAAAUUAUCUCUCCAAUAAUGAGUAACCAGACAUGUCCGUUUUUCUUUUGGCCGCUAGUUUGCCUUCAACUAUCAUUCAUUCCAUGCCUCCUCUUCUUCUAGUCCAAAAUAUCUUAGUGUAUUUUGGUUCAUAGUUUUGUGAUAGUUCUUAUGUUAAGAUAGUUCUUUUAGUAUUAAAAUAUUUGUGCGAUGUGCGGUACAUGGUAUGCGCGCAAUAUUCUACAGUAGACCCACAUUUCAAAUGCCGUUAUACGCGUCGAAUCGGUCCUUGUUUCUGAAGCGAAGGUGCCCUUGUCGAUAUAUGAAAUAUGAAUACGAGUGAAUGUAUCUUUCCAUCUAAUAUUUGAAAUCUCUUUAAACAACAUCUCUAUGUACAAACAUGGAAGUACAGUAAUACGUGUCUCAUAUAAUAAUUACUCAUAUGAUUAAGUGCCCAAGGUUGACUAUAGUAGAAAUGUUACUUUCAAAAUAUGUAGUAGAUUAUAGAAAUAAUAAACAACAAUGUACGGGAUGAGGGUUGAAGACACCUAACCUAACCUAGUUUCCUCUAUUAAUAUACCGUCUAGUUUGAUAAAUCUUACGUCACAGCACUUGCAAAAAUAUUUCCAAAUGUCUUACUUGUUGUGGAGUAAUUUUUACGCAUGCCAUUCUUAAACAAAGUGUGUUUAUGUCUCUUGGUUUUGUAAAUUAUUUGUGUGCUAAGCAUCCGAAUACGGAAGCCAUUUUCUGACAGCACUGAUUAAAGGUGAUGAAAUGACAAGGUAGUUGUUUGUUUGUAUCAAAGGUUUCCUCAAAAAAC